GAUGUGCUUUAUCCAGGGCCUGCUCUGCCUCACAUCCAUCCCCAGACUUUACAACUCUGUGAGCCGUUUGCAUUUCCUGAAACCGGAUCUCGGUGUCAGAGCCGCCCCCGGGCCGGGCGGGCACCUCAGCAAUGGCCCUGCGCAAGGAGCUGCUUAAGUCCAUCUGGUACGCUUUCACCGCACUGGACGUGGAGAAGAGCGGCAAGGUCUCCAAGUCCCAGCUCAAGGUGCUGUCCCACAACCUGUACACGGUCCUGCACAUCCCCCACGACCCUGUGGCUCUGGAGGAGCACUUCCGGGACGAUGACGAUGGCCCCGUGUCCAGCCAAGGAUACAUGCCUUACCUCAACAAGUACAUCCUGGACAAGGUGGAGGAGGGGGCUUUCGUUAAGGAGCACUUUGAUGAGCUGUGUUGGACCCUGACGGCCAAGAAGAACUAUCGGGUGGACAGCAACGGGAACAGCAUGCUCUCCAAUGAGGAUGCCUUCCGCCUCUGGUGCCUCUUCAACUUCCUGUCUGAGGACAAGUACCCUCUGAUCAUGGUUCCUGAUGAGGUGGAAUACCUGCUGAAGAAGGUGCUCAGCAGCAUGAGCUUGGAGGUGGGCUUGGGUGAGCUGGAAGAGCUGCUGGCCCAGGAAGCCCAGGCAGCCCAGACCAGCGGAGGGCUCAGCGUCUGGCAGUUCCUGGAGCUCUUCAACUCGGGGCGCUGCCUUCGAGGUGUGGGGCGGGACACUCUGAGCAUGGCCAUCCAUGAAGUCUAUCAGGAACUCAUCCAAGAUGUCCUGAAGCAGGGCUACCUGUGGAAGCGAGGGCACCUGAGGAGGAACUGGACAGAACGCUGGUUCCAGCUGCAGCCCAGCUGCCUCUGCUAUUUUGGGAGUGAAGAGUGCAAGGAGAAAAGGGGUACCAUCCCACUGGACGCACAGUGCUGCGUGGAGGUGCUGCCCGACCGAGAGGGGAAGCGCUGCAUGUUCUGUGUGAAGACAGCCUCCCGAACGUACGAGAUGAGCGCCUCAGACACACGCCAGCGCCAGGAAUGGACAGCUGCCAUCCAGACCGCGAUCCGGCUGCAGGCGGAGGGGAAGACGUCGUUGCACAAGGACCUGAAGCAGAAGCGGCGCGAGCAGCGGGAGCAGCGGGAGCGGCGCCGGGCAGCCAAGGAGGAGGAGCUGCUGCGGCUGCAGCAGCUGCAGGAGGAGAAGGAACGGAAGCUGCAGGAGCUGGAGUUGCUACAGGAGGCGCAGCGGCAAGCCGAGCGCCUGUUGCAGGAGGAGGAGGAGCGACGCCGCAGCCAGCAUCGCGAGCUGCAGCAGACCCUCGAGGGCCAAUUGCGCGAGGCGGAGCAGGCCCGGGCCUCCAUGCAAGCUGAGAUGGAACUGAAGAAGGAGGAGGCUGCCCGGCAGCGGCAGCGCAUCCAAGAGCUGGAGGAGAUGCAGCAGAGGCUUCAGGAGGCCCUGCAACUGGAGGUGAAAGCGCGGCGGGAUGAGGAGGCUGUGCGCCUAGCCCAGACCAGGCUGCUGGAGGAGGAGGAGGAGAAGCUGAAGCAGCUGCUGCAGCUGAAAGAGGAGCAGGAGCGCUACAUCGAGCGGGCGCAGCAGGAGAAGCAAGAGCUGCAGCAGGAGAUGGCGCUGCAGAGCCGCUCCCUGCAGCGAGCUCAGCAGCAGCUGGAGGAGGUGCGGCAGAACCGGCAGAGGGCCGACGAGGACGUGGAGGCUGCCCAGAAGAAGCUGCGCCAGGCCAGCACCAAUGUGAAACACUGGAAUGUUCAGAUGAACCGACUCAUGCAUCCAAUUGAGCCCGGAGACAAGCGUCCCACCACCAGCAGCUCCUUCACAGGCUUCCAGCCCCUUCCACUUGCCCGCCGUGACUCCUCCUUAAAGCGCCUGACCCGCUGGGGAUCCCAGGGCAACAGGACCCCCUCACCCAGCAGCAGUGAGCAGCUGAAGUCCCUCAACGGUGGGGAUGAGGCUCCCAUCUCGGCUUCUACCCCCCAGGAAGAUAAACUGGACCCAUCGCCAGAAAAUUAGCCUCUGCUAUCCCCUUCCCCACCCCCCAACCUCAUACCCACCAGAACCUGGCCACAGCUGGCCUGUGGGUGAUGCCAACCCCUGCAGAAGAGGGAGCUGAGGACCUGGUGCCAGGAGCCCAGGCCCUCUAACCAUGAAACAGUCUAGAACGGAGCCUUGUUUAUUUUGGGCACCAGCCCCAGACCCCUGACCACUGAGGCUGUCUGGGAUGUUGAUCCUUGAGAACUUGAUCCUGUGCCUUAACCCCAAGGACCCUAUGCCCUGGGCUGGAAAAGAGACCAAACAAGCAAGCAAGCCAGCGGCAUGUGCCCUCAGACUGCCGCCAAGCUGUAGAGGCACAUUUCUAAAUAAAAACUGCCCUUGGAGUGAA